AUGCCACCCUCAGAACACACACCUCUGCUGCAAAACGGCGAGCAGCGCGCCAAGUCGUUCGUGCAUCGCGUCGUCGACGUCUGCAAGGCAGAGGGCGAACCUGGCUGGGGUCAUUCUCUACGCUAUUUCUUCUUCACCUCCUGGCUCAAUGUCGUUCUUGUCUUCGUCCCACUCUCCGCACUCGCUCAUUUCCUACACUGGGACGUCGCUCUCCGCUUCUCCUUCUCGUUCAUCGCUAUCAUCCCGCUCGCCAAGCUCCUCGGUGAUGCCACAGAGCAAAUGUCUCUGUCGCUGGGACAGACUCUCGCUGGCCUACUCAACGCGACCUUUGGAAAUGCUGUCGAGAUCAUCGUAGGCAUAACUGCGUUGCUGCAGGAUCAGAUCCGCAUCGUCCAAACCUCUAUGCUGGGCUCAAUCCUCUCCAACCUUCUCUUGGUUUUGGGCAUGUCAUUCCUCGCAGGGGGUCUUGUGAAGAAGGAGAGCUCUUUCCGUGUUACGGCUGCACAAACGAAUGCCUCGCUUAUGACACUAGCUUGCAUCACUUUGGUCAUUCCCGCUGCAUAUCACUCUGCACGUGGGCUGGGUACUAUCCCGUCCUUCUCGACCCCCUCGCCCGUCAUCCCGAAAACUCCUGUGGAACCGGACGUCAUUAGCGCGACGAAGUUUGUGGCAGACAAUGGCGCCGUUGUCGACAUCGACGAAGAGGGUCAACGCGGUUUACUCAUAAUCUCCCGCGGUACAGCGCUACUGCUGCUUGGCGUCUAUGUCGCGUAUCUCGUCUUCCAGCUCAAGACGCACUUUGCGCUGUUCCAGGCCAAAUCCAAGGCGAAGGUGUUGCAAUCUGAAGCACUCUCUGAUGAUGAAGAGGCCCUCCUCUCUCCCCCAUUGACGGCAACCAUCCCGGCUGUCAGUCGUGCGAAUGCUGGCGCUCCAUCCGAGAUUCGGCAGCAGGAAGAGGAAGAGGAAGAGGAGAAGGCCGAGAUGAGCGUCAUUUGUGCCUCUGUCAUGUUGCUUGUCGUGACCAUCAUCACGUCCUUUGUAGCAGACUACCUCGUUGCAUCGAUCGAGGAGUUUGCCGAGAGGUACCACAUUCCUAAGCCGUUCAUCGGUCUCAUUCUGCUACCCAUCGUCGCCAAUGCCGCCGAACACGUAACGAGCGUGUGGAUGGCCAUGAAGGAUAAAAUGGAGCUGACAAUAGGUGUUUGUGUGGGCUCUUCUAUCCAGCUCGCUACGUUCGUGAUCCCGUUCUUGGUUGUCGUUGGUUGGAUUUCGGGCCAUGAGCUCACUCUCUUCUUCGACAACUUCGAGACUGUGUCCUUCUUUGUCAGCGUGCUCCUUGUCAACCUGCUCAUCCAGGACGGCAAGAGCAACUACAUGGAGGGUGUCAUGUUGAUGACCCUCUACCUCGUCAUUGCCCUUGCUUUCUGGGUAUCGUAA